CUCUCCCUCUCCCUAUUCUCCCUACUCCCACCGCCGCCACCACUACUACUAUAGAAGGAGCAGAUAUCAGCCCCCUGAUGAUAGAGACUAUUACUAUUACCGAAGAAGCCGGUGGUAUCGUUCAAUUUCUCGGAGCAUCUCCCCAAGGCCUCGAAGGUACACGAGACGCUACACGCCAAGUGUGUCUCCUCCUAGGUAUCGAAGAAGAAGCUACUCUAGAAGUGUUUCUCCAAUGCCAAGGAAGUGCUACAGAUGGAAUGGUUCUCAUUCUUAUAGGCGCGGUUGACGUGUUUGGGACCGCUCCUCUUCCACCUCCACCACCUCCAUUUCCACUUCCACUUCUACUUGGUCUUCAGGAAGUGUUUCAUCUCCAAUGCCAAGGAAGAGCUACAGACGGAAUGGUAUUUGUUCUCAUAGACGUGGUCGACGUGUUUGGGACAGUUCCACUUACACUUCUAGUUGGUCUUCAGGAAGUGUUUCGUCUCCAAUGGUGAGGAAGAGUUACAGACGGAAUGGUUAUCGUUCUCAUAGACGUGGUCGGCGUGAUCGGGACAGUGGGUCUUCAUCAACUUCCACAUCUAGUUGGUCUUCAAGUGCAUAUUCAAGAAGCACAUCCUCUUCAACAUCUCAGUCCAGGGGUAGUGCUGCUACAUGUGCAUCUUCAAGAUCUCAUUCGCGAUCUGUUACGCCCGAGUCUGCAUCGCCUUCUCGUUGAAGGCUCCAUGUAUGGUAUGGUUCGACCAUUGUCAGGCGUGUUUCUUGGUGUUUUAUCUAUAUUUAUUUGUUACUUAUAUAGUUCCUAUCUGUAGGGGUUUUUAUAUGAUGGAGGUUUGUUGAUCUGAGAUGAGACUGUAUUUGAUCUGACUCUUCAUGUUCUCUACCUGAAUGUGAAUAUAUAAAGGUUUCAUAC